UAUUUAGUGUUAAACUGAAACAGAAGCACAAUGAGCGUCUAUUUCUAUUUACAGUGUAUUUUGGUUUUAACAACAAUUUCUAAGUUCGAGUGUGGAGUGGUCUCAACCACUGAGCACCCCCCUGAAACCUCACAAUCAGACCUACUCUUAAAUAUAACCCGUCGCAUGGACAUCCUUGAGGCACAAAACGUCAAAAUGAUGACCGUUCUCCUAAAUACCCAGACACAAAAAAUACCCGAAUUUCAAAAAUCCGACUACCCCAACGACUGCUACGAAGUAAAAGCAAGAGGACACACCGACUCAGGGGUGUACAUCAUCAAAACGAAAAUCUCUCCGCAACCCUUUGCCGUAUUUUGCGACAUGCACACGAAGGGAGGUGGGUGGACCUACUUCUUCAAUAGGUUCGAUGGUUCUACGGAAUUUUAUUUGAAAUGGAGCGACUACAAAAUUGGGUUCGGGAGUUUGCUGGAGGAGCACUGGUUGGGGCUGGAGUAUCUGCACCAGCUCACAGUCUCUGGAAAUUACGAAAUGUUGGUGGAAAUGGCGGAUUGGGACGAAGUGGUUGCCUAUGCUAACUACGACGUUUUCGUUGUGGGUGCAGAAAGUGAGGGGUACGUCUUGAAAGCUGUGGGUGGGUACAGCGGAAGUGCUGGCGAUUCUAUGUCUUAUUAUUCUGGAAUGAAGUUUACCACACAGGAUAGAGACCAUGAUUUUCGACCCACCGGCAACUGUGCCGUUGAUUCUCAUGGAGCUUGGUGGUACAAGGCGUGUACGAAAAGUAACCCCACAGCGACUUAUUUGAAGCAAGCGAGAGUAUCACCUAACAAGUACAACAUCAUGUACUGGUAUACGUUUAGGGGCAUUGAUUAUAGCUUGAAGAGGAUGAAAAUGAUGGUGAGGCCUCGAGUAAAGCCACAUUUAACUGAUGAGAUGUAAAUAAAAUUUGACACUCUAACAUGUA